AAAACAGUUUCUGCUGUUCUAGAUACGUUUGCGCCUCGAAGCCUUGUAAGACGAAAUUAUGGCGUCCACACCCCAUCCGCUUGACCCGCUUACGCCGGAAGAGAUAACAAAGGUAGCCAAUGCAGCUCAAUCAUCGUUCGAAGGUCAGGCUUUGAACUUUAGGGUCAUCACUUUGAGAGAACCACCAAAAGACGAGCUCGUCACAUACCUCGAAGCAGAGCAUCGGCGUGAUCAAGCACUACCGAAGAUCAGUCGUUGCGCUCGCGUGGAGAUCCUCGUGAGGAGUAAGAAUGGCGCAAAUGACCUAUUCGAACUCAUCGUUGCCAUCGACAGUAAUAAUGUCAUCGGGAAACAGCAUCUUGAAGGCAAGCACUCGUACAUUGACGCAGCGUAUAUGAAAGAGGUUGAAGAGGCGUGCUUGCGCGACCCGAAAGUCCAGGCAGAAAUUGAAACCCUCAACAUACCAGAAGGAGCAUCUGUGAUUGUCGAACCCUGGGCUUAUGCUACUGACGGUUCAAAUGAUAUGUCUCGUCGCAUCUCGAUGUGCUGGUUUUAUCUUCGACUCACAGCCCACACAGACGCAAACUACUACGCCUAUCCACUUGACGUCUGCGCCGAAGUUUCUGAAGACCUGGAAGUCACCAAAAUCUACCGUCUACCUACUUCAGGCAAUGAACAAAUUCACCACGAGAUACGCUCUUUCAACCGAGGGAAGAUUCACGCCACAGAUGCGAGCGAGUAUCAUCCCGAUCUGCGAUCCAGUCCUCGUACGACUACAAAACCAUACCAAGUUGUCCAGCCAGAAGGCCCAUCAUUCCAGAUCAAUGGCCAUAGGGUUAACUGGGAGAAGUGGACGUUUAGAGUGGGUUUCAACUAUCGUGAAGGUCUGACUUUGCACGACAUCCGAUACGACGGGCGAAGCCUAUUUUACCGCCUAUCUUUGGCAGAGAUGUUCGUACCCUACGGUGAUCCACGAGCUCCGUUUCCAAGGAAAGGAGCAUUUGACCUGGGAAACGAUGGCGCAGGUAUCAAUGCGAACAAUCUGCGACUGGGCUGUGAUUGCCUUGGCACUAUCAAAUACUUUGAUGGUUGGCACAAUACGUCCUCCGGCCUCCCACUAAAACUGCCAAAUGUAGUCUGCCUGCAUGAACAGGAUGACGGGAUACUUUGGAAGCAUACAAAUUUCCGUACAGGGCAUGCCGUGGUGACACGCUCGCGCAUUCUUGUAUUGCAAACGAUCAUCACUGUAAGCAACUACGAAUACAUCUUCGCCUUCCAUUUCGGUCAAGAUGCGUCGAUCAACUACGAAGUUCGGGCAACCGGUAUCCUCUCUACCGCACCCAUCGCUCUCGGUGAGCCCAAACCGCCCUUUGGUACCAUUGUAGCACCCGGCGUGCUUGCACCAUACCAUCAACACCUUUUCUGCUUGCGAAUCGACCCUGCUAUUGACGGUCACAAGAAUUCAGUCGUAAUCGAAGAGUCACACGCGAUGCCUGUUAAUGAUCCAGAUGUACACAACCCUUUCGGCGUCGGGUAUGAGACUCGCACCAAUUACAUCGAGCACGAAGGUGGAUUCGAUCUCGAUCUUACCAAGAAUCGCGUGUUCAAGAUCGUCAACGAAGCAGAGACCAACGCCAUGACACAGACGCCAGUAGGCUUCAAGCUGCUUCCCUCGUACAGCCAGAUGCUUCUCGCGCAUCCAUCAUCCUUCCACGCUCGGCGAUCUGAGUACGGCAAGCAUGCAGUAUGGGUGACAAAGUACCGCGAAGAUGAGAUGUUCCCUUCAGGCAAAUACACAAUGCAGUCGAUGGGUGGUGAUGGCAUUGCGAGUGCGAUUGAAAAGAGAGCUGGAGACAAGAAGCAAGCGAGUGUUAGGAACGAGGAUGUCGUGGUCUGGCAUACUUUUGGGUCAACACAUAAUCCCAGGAUCGAGGACUGGCCAGUCAUGCCAUGUGAGAAGAUGGUGGUUGGACUGAAGCCGGUCAACUUCUUUGACAAGAACCCUGGACUGGAUGUUGCGCCGAGCACUCAAGAGGUGAACAAGAGUGUGCUAUACGAUGGCGAUGCGGCGAAUGCGCAAGAUUGUUGUACGAAAUCUGCUAUAUAGCCAAGGG